AUGGACCAGAUUUUUAGAAGCUCUUCAACUCAAGAAGACGGUGAUAGCAAAAAGAGAUUUUAUAUUGCAAUAAGCGACGACGGGAGGGAGAUAGUCAAAUUCGACACAUACACUCAAGUUCUAGAAACAUGGCAAGCCUCUUAUUCUCGACGCAUCGGGAAGCAUCAAUUCGAACCAACAGGCUUCAAUUGCGUUGUCAAAAGUGAUUAUAUAUCUACUGCUGAAAGUCUAGCACUUGAGGUGCCAACAUGGAGUAUUGCUAUAUCUAAUGCAAUUAAUAGCGAUGGAUUCACUAUUGUUGCACUAUCUUUUUAUGUUACGGAUAAAGAGACUGAUAAGGAAGAGCGAGAAAAAGAAAAUCCAUAUAAAGAGAAUGAAGGUGAAGAUA